AUGAUUGUCAAACCAUCUGCUGGACCCAGUCAUUUCUCCUCACGCGCAAUCGAUGAUUUGUCCUAUAUGGGCUCAAUAUCAGAUAAGAUGGAAGCCCAAAAAUCGACUUUAUCAACUCUGGAAGGUGAAGGAAAAGAGCACGAAGACGAAAAACGUAGUGCACCUGAAGAACAUCGUGAUCCGGAAGGUGUAUUAUUGAAGUUUAUCGAACAUCUUUUAUCACCAAAUUAUCAAGAUUCCGAUCCUAACUUAAUGGCUAUAGGAUAUGAAUUGGAAGCUUUGUUAUCGAUAUACACACCUUCAUCAGUCAAAUUGAAUCUACCUUCCAGACCUCCUUCAUUGAUAUCUUUGUCUACUAAUAACGCGAAUGAAGCUUCAUCGUUAGAAGGUAACGUUGGUAUGUCAACAGGAUCAGCGAAAAUGGAACGUCGAAUAAAUAGCCAACAAUAUACAGAUGCCAUUUGGGAUUUCGAAACGAUUGGAUUCACACCUGGCGAAAGGAUCAGAUAUGAAAUUACAAUACCAAUAUGGGAGAAAGGUGAAUCGUUAGAAGGGUUAGAUAACUCGACUACAAAUGUAGAUGUGCAGGAUAAUCCUCCUAUAAUGAGAGUUCUGGUCAGUCUACCCCCAACUUAUCCAAAUUCAAGCCCACCUCAAUUGCAGUUACUGGGAAGAUAUUUAGGUAAUUUCGGUAUUGAUAGUGGAUUAUUCGGCGAUAUAACUCGAACGUACAUAUCAUCGACAGGUGUCGCCUUUGUCCCAGGAGACGUAUGUGUCUUCGAAGGAUUGACACACGUCCAAUCAGUAGUCAGGCAAUGGUAUAUAUCACAUUUGAAUUCAUUAUCGGAGAAUGACUCACUGAGGGAAGCAGAAAAAGCUUCUGCCAAAGCAGCAACAACGACGGAACAACAUCAUUUGAUACGCGGAAUGUCAACUUUGGAUAUCAGUAAUAACAGUAAUCACAAUAGUGAAUUCCCAGAUUAUUCACCAGAAAAAGAAGGAUCAAUAGGUAUGGAUAGACCUGAAUUAUCAAGAUCAAUAUUCUCAUAUUCAAUACCAGAUGACCAAGAUCCCGCUCAAAAAGAUGGUACAGCAAACAAUCUGAUGAAUUCAUUUACACCUGAUAUAUCAAAAUUGAAAAUACAUACUUCAGAUCCUAUAAUAGAUAGAAAAUCAACUUUCAUAGGUCAAGCUGUGAAAGUAACAGAUGAAAAAGAAAUUCCAUUAAUUAUACAUGAAUUAUUAAGUGAUAAGAAAAUAUCAAAAGCUGCUCAUCCAGCUAUUUUCGCUUAUAGAUUAGUCAGAGAUGUAGGUGGACAAGCUGGAAAAGUAUAUAAUACUGAUUACGACGAUGACGGAGAAACAGCGGCGGGAUCUAGAUUAAAGCAUUUAUUGGAAAUCUUGGAACUUGAAAAUGUCUUGGUGGUAGUGACGAGGUGGUAUGGCGGUAUUCAUCUGGGUCCAGAUAGGUUCAAACAUAUCAAUCAAGCAGCAAGGGACGCUUUGGAAAUAGGAGGUUUCCUAGCUGAUAAGAAAGACGACACGAGUGGGGCGAAAAGAAGAGGCGGGAAGAAGUAA